GUUCCUCCUUCCCUUCCCUUUUCCCGAGCGCUGAAUGCUGAUUUCUGAGAUGAAAAUCUUCCUCUUCGGACAGCCAGGACUCGUAUGAAGGACACACAAAUAUUGGAUCAUAAAUAAGAAGCGAGUCUGGCGAGCUCAGAAACCCAGCCCAAAAGAAGCAGCAUCAAGAAUCCACCCUUCUCCUGCACAACUCACUCCCCACCCAACACACAGAGAAUACUAAUUUCCUGAGAUAAGAUCUUACCCCUUUAAACAACCGCACACGCGCAUACACACACACGCACAGAGUGUAUAUUAUUACUAAGUAUAAUAGGUUAAACCCGGCAGAACGGGAAAAAGCCUUUUCUGCAACUCACUCCCCCUUUUCACCCUUCUGAAUGCUGACAUCCUGAGGUAAAUUUUUCCCCUUACCCACAGCAAAGACUCUUUUUGAACAGGACACAAAUAUAUAUUAGAUUAUAGAGAUGUAUUAAAUUAUUCCAGAUUUAAAUCUAUUUUUUGCUGCCAAGGGGUCAGGGAACCAGACGUCAUUGUAUAUUUUUUUUUCCUUCCCUCUUAACUCAUUUAUGGGCGAGUCAAGGCUGCUGAGGAGGAAUAAAACAAGAUAGUUAGAAUCUCUUUAUCCUUAUUCCCCAGAAGCUUUUUCUCUCAUUGCUGUGCAUUUCCUUUAGAAAAAGGAAACCUCUUGUUUUGUGAACCAAAGAUUUAUUUUUCCCUUCCUCCUGGCCAAAGGAAGGAAACAGACAGAAAUUGACCCAUUUAAAUAGUUGAAAAGAUCUAUCUUUUGAAGAAAAAAAAAAAUCUUUAUCCAAGUUGGAAAUAAAUAGCGUGGAGGGAGAAACUGGAAUAUCUAGCUAAAACCAGGAUACUUGCUAAUCUUGCCUCUGAAGAGGACGAGGUAAACACUAAACAUCAACUUGUUCUUACAGGGAGGAUUCCAACCCUAAAUAAAAUAAAUGGGGGAUUACGGGUUUGGAGUGUUAGUGCAAAACAACACUGGAAAUAAGUCAGCUUUUCCAGUCAGAUUUCAUCCACAUCUGCAGCCUCCACACCAUCAUCAAAAUGCAACCCCCAGCCCUGCUGCUUUUAUAAAUAAUAACACAGCUGCCAAUGGCAGUAGUGCUGGGUCAGCUUGGCUCUUUCCUGCUCCAGCUGCCCAUAAUAUUCAGGAUGAGAUUCUGGGGUCAGAAAAAUCUAAAACUCAGCAACAGGAAAAGCAAGAGUCCCUAGAAAAACAGCAGCUUUCCCCUGGUCAAAGCCAGGAAGCAGGCAUGCUCUCUGAACCUGAGAAAGCUAAACCUGAAGAAAAUCAGGGCGAUAAUUCUUCAGAGAAUGGCAAUGGGAAGGAGAAAAUAAGAAUAGAAUCGCCGGUAUUAACAGGAUUUGAUUAUCAAGAGGCUUCAGGGCUAGGUACUUCGACGCAGCCCUUGACAUCCACUGCAUCUUCUCUGACUGGUUUUAGUAACUGGUCUGCAGCUAUAGCUCCAUCUUCUUCUACAAUAAUCAAUGAAGAUGCAAGUUUUUUUCACCAGGGAGGGGUCCCUACUGCCUCGGCUAAUAACGGUGCUCUGCUGUUUCAGAAUUUUCCACAUCAUGUCAGCCCUGGCUUUGGUGGUAGCUUUUCCCCCCAAAUUGGACCCCUCUCUCAACACCACCCUCAUCACCCCCAUUUCCAGCAUCAUCACAAUCAGCAUCAGCAACAGAGGAGGUCUCCGGCAAGUCCUCAUCCACCUCCAUUCACACAUAGAAAUGCUGCUUUUAAUCAGUUGCCUCAUUUGGCUAAUAAUCUUAACAAGCCACCUUCUCCAUGGAGCAGCUACCAAAGUCCAUCGCCUACACCAUCUUCAUGGAGCCCUGGUGGCGGUGGAUAUGGUGGGUGGGGUGGGUCCCAAGGUCGAGACCACCGCCGGGGACUGAACGGAGGGAUAACACCCUUGAACUCCAUCUCCCCCUUAAAGAAGAAUUUUGCAAGUAAUCAUAUCCAGUUGCAGAAAUACGCCCGACCCAGCUCUGCCUUUGCUCCAAAAUCGUGGAUGGAAGACAGUUUGAAUAGAGCUGACAACAUUUUUCCUUUUCAGGAUCGCACAAGGACUUUUGACAUGCAUUCACUGGAGAACUCACUAAUUGACAUAAUGAGAGCCGAAAAUGAUUCGCUGAAAG